AUGCCCACCGAUCACGCAAUGGUGGAACUGAAUAGUGUACGGGUGCCUGGGUCGGCGGUUUUGGGAUCGGUCGACCAGGGACUAGCCAUCGCCCAAAAGUUUGUGCACGAGAAUAGAAUUCGUCAAGCCGCCAGCUCUUGUGGGGCCGCGCGAUACUGUCUGGACGGAAGCAUCGAGCGCGCACGGGCACGGAAGAUAUGGGGAGAGGAAAAAACCCUGGCCGAUAACUAG